GGUUACGUCCUUACGUCAAAUCAUGGCGGACAAGGGUACCGAAGGUUUGGCAGAAACUACGAAGCCGCUUUCUCAAGCGCAGAAAAGCCUUCUCAGAAGACAACAAGAACUUCAGCGAUGGCGGAAUAACACACAGAAACUUAGAGGCCGAAAUGUUCUGACUGGACUCACGAUUGGAGCUUUCGUCCUCGGCUUGUUCACCUACACCAUUGUAUCAGUUAGGCAGGAGAAGAUCAUGGAAGAGAUUGACGACGAAGCCAAGAUCUUUAUCAUGAGGGGACCCAGGACUGGGGCCAAUUCAUAACACCACCAUGCCUCUGUUUUCAGCCACAGACUUUCAUCUCAAAGAGGUGUUGACGUCUUGCAUCUGGUUUCAUCUGUCCAGCUUGGGCAAAAGAGUAACCACUAGUGGUCUGAAAACAAAUGAAAAGAUAUUUGGAUAUUUCGGGAAACGCAUGCCACAGAUUUCAUGACAAUAAAAGAAGUAUUUAUGAUUUAUGGAUUUGAUGUAAAUAUGGACAACACAGUGUAAUAAAAUAUUGGUCAACCACA